AUGGACAAACCAACAUCUAAUCUGUUAAAUGGAGAUCUGUUGGAUGUGACUCAAAAAAAGAAAAUUGUCACAGAUGAGAGCUCUACUUCCGACUCUGACUCUGAGCCGAUCACCACCACGGCUGCCAGAUCUGUAUCAUCAUCAUCAGCGCCAUCCACUAAAAAAACUUCAAAGCCUCGUUGUUCGAACAGGGAGGACUUCACCUUACCACUUCUCAAAUACAUUGCCCAUACCGCAAAAACGCUUGUUCUCACUUUCCUGUUCGACUGGUCGCAAAUUAUUCGUCAUCCUAUUGGAUCAUUGACGACUCUAGUGGUGUAUCCAGUAUCAUCUGGAAUCAUGGUCGUUGUUUCCGUAGCGUUUCGACUGGGGAGUCGCUUCAAGCGAAAACAACAGAAAGUACAUUCAAAGAUUUUUGACGAUGACAGAAGACCACUUGUUGAACAGGCUGGCAUCUAUCUCGACAACAAACUAUUAGGACUCAAAGUAGACGCAGUCACGAAGAUAACCCAUUACGAAGACUACGCAGACCCUUGUUACAAAAAACCAUCUUUCAGCAUAGACGUUGCCGAGCUCCUGUUAAUGCUCUCGGCUCUCAUGUAUGAACGAGAGCAUAUAGACUGUAUCGAGGACAAGAGCGAGGAGGAUAUGGAGGAUAUGGUCGCACUUGAGGCAGACGACAACAAUAUUGAGAUCGUGAAUUCAGGGAGAGAUCAGACCCCGAAUGAGAUCCAGGAAGAGGAGAACGAGUAUAAAGUGGAAGACGGAGAGAAAAAGAAAAGGGAUCACAGUAUUCUAUACAUCCUUAGGAAAGCCAACAAGUGGGGUUUAAGAUUCUAUAAACUGUCUGAAUUAGGAACCGAGACGAGUCCAUUUUGUGGUGCAUUCUAUUCGGAGAAACAUAACUUUAUAGUUAUCGCAUUUAAGGGAACGACACCGACAGAUUUCGCUGAAUGGGCUGUCGACGCUACUUUCAUGCGUACUAGUGGCAAGACGCAGUUAUUCGGUGAA